GAGAGAUACAGAAGUGAGAGAGAGAGACAGACAGACAGAAGAGAGAGAGGCAGACAGAAUAGAUAGAGAGACAGAUACAGAAGAGAGAGAGAGACAGACAGAAGAGAGAGAGACAUACAGAAGACAGAGAGAGGUAGACAGAAGAGAGAGAGAGAUAGACAGGUAGACAGAAGAGAGAGAGAGAGAUACAGAAGAGAGAGAGAGAGUGAGAGAGAGAAAGAGGUAGACAGAACAGAGAGAGAGAGAGAGACAGACAGAUAGAACAGAGAGAGAGAGAGACAGACAGAUAGAACAGAGAGAGAGAGAGACAGACAGAUAGAACAGAGAGAGAGAGAGAGAGAGAGAGAGAGAGAGAGGGGAUGCAUGAGGUAAAGAUCUGAAGUUGAGCAGUCUGUUUGAAGGAUUCUUUCAGGUUUUUCUCCUCCGGGUGUUUGUCGGUCUCUUCUGGUCCAGGUGCCGCACACACGCCUCACGAGCGCCGUCCGGUGCAGCUGACUGAAAUAUUAAUGAUGAAGAUGAUGAUGAUGAAUUCACGGAUUAAUGGAGUGACCCCGCUGAUUAUUAUAAUCCUACUGCACGCGACACGAGCAGACAAUCCCAUCGAUCUGCUGAAGAUUUUGGACCUGUCAGACUCCAUGGAGGGCGUGUCAUUGGAGGCGGGGCUGUGUACCAGUAGGCAGGGCACAGAGGAGCCGGAUCUUGCAUAUAAGAUUGAUAAGAAAAUCCAAGUCAGUGUUCCGACCAAACAGCUUUUCCCAGACUCUGAGUUUCCUGUGGAUUUCUCGGUGUUGGUGACUGUACGGGCUCGUCGCGCCGCUCAGUGUUUCCUGUUGUCGGUGUAUGACACUGAUGGCGUUCAGCAGCUGGGCAUAGAGCUCGGCCGAUCGCCCGUCUUCCUCUAUGAGGAUCACAGCGGCCAGCCGACCCCUGACCUCUACCCUAUAUUCAAAAAGGUCAACCUCGCUGAUGGAAAGUGGCACAGACUGGCAUACAGCGUGGAGGGUCAGAAGGUCACGCUUUACCUGGAUUGUCAGAAAGUGAUGACCCUUGACCUCCCCAGAGGUCAAGAGCCUAAGGUCAGCACGGAGGGUGUGACUGUGUUUGGAACGAGACUUCUGGAUGAAGAAGUGUUUGAGGGUGAGAUUCAGCAGCUGUUGAUAUCUCCAGACCCCAGAGCCGCUGCAGAUUACUGCCACACCCACAUUCCUGACUGUGACUCCGCCCUCCCUUACAACAGCCUAUCACUGGACCCUGUAGAGGUCAAGAGACCCCCCAGGAAGCCAACUGAAGAAUUUGAUGAUGACCUCUACAAUGACCUUUACAGUGACCUCCCUGAAACUACGGUUACUGCAGGAGACAAUGUCACAGAGUAUGAGAUCGUGGAGUAUGUGGACUCUGAGAAUGAAACAGCGUAUUUCAAGGAAUACACAGAAUAUCACGAUUAUGAGGAAUAUGAUUAUCGUCCAGCAGAGAGAGAGGAGCAGGUCUUCAGAGGACAGUCAUUAGGUUCAGAUAAAGGAGAAAAGGGAGAACCUGCAGUGUUGGGAGAGGGCACCCUGAUCGUAGGACCAUCCGGCCUGCCUGGUCCUGAGGGACCGCCAGGUGAGCCCGGUCCAAUGGGAUCCCCAGGACCAAUAGGAGAUCCAGGAGACCUGGGUCCUGCAGGACGCCAGGGUCUUGCAGGGGCUGAUGGGAUACCUGGUCCUCCAGGGACACUGCUCAUGUUACCUUUUCAGUCUGGUGGUGAUCCGGUGAUAUCAGCUCAAGAAGCUCAAGCUCAAGCCAUCCUGCAGCACACUAAGCUGUCUUUGAAAGGGCCACCUGGACCAUUAGGACUGACCGGACGUCCUGGCCCACUGGGUUCUCCAGGGUCACGGGGUUUGAAGGGUGAUCGUGGAUUGACUGGACCACCGGGUCCUCGUGGGUUGCUGGGAGCUCCAGGACUGAAUGGUAAACCUGGAAAAAGGGGUCGUGGUGGUAUAGACGGGGGUCGAGGUGAACCAGGAGAAACCGGAGCUAAAGGUGACAGAGGAUUUGAUGGUUUGCCGGGUCUACCUGGAAAUAAAGGUCACAGGGGAGAAACAGGGAAGAAAGGGCCAAUCGGCCCCCCAGGAGUCCCUGGAGAUAAAGGUUCAGAUGGGCAGCCGGGUCCGAGAGGUCAGCCAGGAGAACCUGGUCUUGCAGGGCUGAUGGGGCAGAGGGGUCUUCCUGGUCCUCCAGGACAGCUGGGUAUUCGUGGGGUUGAUGGAACUCAAGGGUCAAAGGGGAAUUUGGGGCCACCUGGAGAAUCCGGAGCCUCAGGACAGCAGGGAAACCCGGGAUUCCAGGGUUUUCCUGGAGCUCAAGGACCAAUAGGAUUACCAGGAGAAAAGGGUCCUCAGGGGAAGAAGGGAAUGAAGGGGUUACCUGGUGUAGACGGACCACCGGGUCAUCCAGGACGAGAGGGGUCACCAGGAGAGAAAGGUCUUCCGGGGGCAGCAGGUGUUCAGGGGCCUGUGGGAUAUCCUGGACCCAGAGGAGUCAAAGGUGCUGAUGGACUCAGGGGACUGAAAGGAAGUAAAGGAGAGAAGGGGGAAGAUGGAUUCCCGGGAGCAAAAGGAGAAACGGGUGCUAAAGGAGACACUGGAGAUUUAGGAGCUUCCGGUAUGCGUGGUGAAGAUGGUCCUGAGGGUCCCAAAGGACAGGGCGGCCCAAUUGGUGAUGCUGGACCCGCAGGCAUCGCUGGAGAAAAGGGGAAACUGGGUGUUCCAGGUUUACCAGGUUACCCGGGGCGUCAGGGGCUGAAGGGUUCGGAUGGGUUUCCUGGAGCAGUUGGAGUUCCAGGAGAAAAAGGGAAGAAGGGUCCACCGGGUCCCGCAGGGGCUGCAGGUCAGAGGGGCCCCAAUGGUGCUCGUGGAGGACGGGGUGCAAGAGGACCCACUGGUAAAUCAGGAGACAAGGGGUCAUCAGGACACGACGGCCCCCCAGGGCCCACGGGAGAGAGAGGGCCGCAAGGACCACAGGGACGCGUAGGAGAGAUGGGCCCCAAAGGCCCCAGCGGCUCUGCUGGGAAAGACGGUCUGCCGGGUCAUCCAGGCCAGCGGGGGGAGCCGGGUUUCCAAGGCAAGACGGGGCCACCAGGACCAUCUGGUGUUGUCGGGCCGCAGGGUAAUACAGGAGAAACUGGACCAAUGGGAGAGAGAGGACACCCGGGCUCUGCUGGACCUGCUGGAGAGCAAGGUUUACCUGGCGCCGCUGGUAAAGAGGGUGCAAAGGGUGACCCUGGAGGUCCUGGUACUUCUGGAAAGAAUGGUCCACAGGGUCUGAAAGGAUUUCGUGGUAGUCGUGGAGCGCCGGGUGCCAUGGGGCCAGUUGGAUUAAAGGGAGGGGUGGGGCCUAUCGGGCCCCCAGGACCGGUUGGGCCCACAGGUGAACGGGGGGCUCCUGGACUGGCUGGUGCGAUUGGUCAGCCGGGUCGAACCGGCACUAGUGGAGGGCCUGGACCAAUGGGAGAAAAGGGAGAGCCAGGAGAAAAGGGGCUCAUUGGACCUGCAGGUCAGGAUGGUGAACAGGGGCCUGUGGGGUUACCAGGAACAGCGGGCCCUCCAGGACCACCAGGAGAGGAUGGAGAUAAGGGUGAAACGGGGGCUGCAGGACAGAAGGGAAGCAAAGGAGACAAAGGAGAAUCUGGGCCGGCAGGUCCAGGCGGCACUCAGGGGCCAGAGGGACAGCCAGGAGCACCUGGUGUUGAUGGAGAGCCCGGUCCUCCAGGACAGCAGGGCAUGUAUGGACAGAAGGGUGAUGAGGGCUUCCGAGGGUUUAAAGGUUCAAGGGGCCCCACUGGGCUACAGGGAAUGCCGGGUCCUCCUGGAGAGAAAGGAGAGAGUGGACACUCUGGUCUCUUAGGCCCUCCGGGUCAGUUCGGGCCUAGAGGACCUCAGGGAGCCUCUGGUGGACAGGGUCCUCCUGGUCGUCCUGGAGUGCGAGGUCAGCCUGGUGCAGUGGGUGAGAAGGGUGAAGAUGGUGAAUCUGGUGAUCCUGGAGCUGUUGGCAGUUCUGGCAGCACAGGAGAGAAGGGAGAACAGGGUGAGAAAGGAGACCAGGGACCAUCAGGUGCUGGAGGUUCACCAGGAGCCAGAGGACCAUCUGGAGAAGACGGAGGGAAAGGGAACGCGGGUCCUAUUGGUUUUCCUGGAGAUAUGGGAGCUCCUGGAGAGGCGGGUAUUAAUGGGAUUGAUGGAAGCCUGGGAUCUAAAGGAGACAAUGGAGAUCCUGGAAAAUCUGGCCCUCCAGGACCCUUUGGAGAACCAGGACCACCGGGACGACCAGGACGAAGGGGUCAUCUGGGUCCUCCAGGAAAAGAAGGGAGACCGGGACUGAAGGGAGAUAAGGGUGCUGCUGGUUAUGAGGGUGUGAUGGGUAAAUCUGGGCCGGUGGGCGGUCAGGGGAAUCCAGGUAAAGCAGGACCUCAGGGGCUUCCAGGAAUACCUGGUCCAGCGGGUGAACAAGGCUUAAAUGGACCUCCAGGUCAGACUGGACCACCUGGACCAAUGGGCCCCGCUGGACUUGCAGGACUGAAGGGAGAUCCGGGCAAGAAAGGAGAAAAGGGUCAUGGUGGUCUCAUUGGUUUGAUUGGACCGCCGGGUGAAUCUGGAGAGAAGGGCGAUCGAGGACUGCCAGGAAAUCAAGGACUUCAGGGGAUCAAAGGAGAUGAGGGUCCAUUUGGACCUCCAGGACUCAAUGGACCUCCAGGUCCACCAGGACUCUCUGGAUCUAUGGGACAAAAAGGAUCUAAAGGCAACCAGGGCCCUGUUGGACCUAGAGGAGACACUGGUCCUUCUGGACCCCCUGGACCACCAGGUUCUCCUGCGGUGGGAAUGGCACCUUCUCUGGCUCUGGAUGGUGGCAGGAAGCGUAGGAGACAAUCUGAAGUGGAUGGAGCAGCUGUAGAUGAUGAUGGACAGAUGCAGAGUGAUGGAGCAGACGGAGAGCAGAAGGACAUGGAGGAGGUGUUUGCGUCACUGGCCUCCAUGAAAACGGAGGUGGAGGGACUCAAAACUCCAUUGGGCUCGUUUCACAGCCCCGCCAGAACCUGCAAAGAGCUUUGGCUGUGCCACCCCGAGUAUCCAGACGGUGUGUACUGGAUCGACCCCAAUCAGGGCUGCCAUAGAGACUCAUUUAAAGUGUUCUGUAACUUCACGGCGGAGGGCGAGACGUGUCUACAACCGUACAGCAGCUUUCAAAUGGUAAAAAUGGCCUCGUGGAGUAAAGAGAAACCAGGAAGCUGGUACAGCAAGUUCAAGAGGGGUUCACAGUUUUCUUACGUGGAUGUGGAUGGCAACCCUGUUCACAUCGUUCAGUUGGGUUUCCUGAAGCUGUUGAGUGCGACGGCCCGUCAGAGCUUCACAUACGUGUGUCAGAACUCGGCCGGCUGGCUCGACAGCUCCUCCCUCAGCUACAAACACGCCCUGCGCUUCAGAGGCAGCAAUGGCGAGGAGCUCACGCAACAGAAUGCGCAUUACAUUCAACCUACACACGACGGCUGUCAGUGGCGUUCAGGGCAGGACCGGACCGUACUGGAGGUGAUCUCGCCGCAGUCGGACGUGCUGCCGCUCUUAGACGUCGCCGUGACGGAUUUCGGGAACCAGAAACAGAAGUUUGGUUUCAGUGUGGGGAGCGUGUGCUUCAACGGCUAGUACACUAAAGACUUUCACUGCUUAUAUUUAUACAUUCAGGUGCUUUCGUUCCUUUAUCUCAUGGGUUUGAUUGCAGGAAGUUGUGCGUGAACGAACUAACUAUCGGCAUUAUGUUCAGAAUAGCACACUAACAUACUACUCGAACUAUUGCUGCAGUAUAUAGGAUGUGUACGGUGGACAGUUUGUGAAUUGUUUGUAUGCAUAGAAUACAGUACACACAUGACCCUGUACAACAGAACACACAGCAUGAGAGACUGUAUCUGUAUUUUACAAUCAUAGGGUGUACACGGUGCAGUUUUCAGGAAGAAGUAUGCUUGUAUUUACAUUCUGAACACGGCACAUGAUUGCGUUCUAUGUUAGCAGCACGUGCACACACACACAUCCGUUCUAUCUUAUGUUCAUUAUUUUAUGUUAUUUGAAAGAUGUUGAUGUAUUUUUGUAUUUGUUGGUAUGAAUGUUACUUUACCGUGGUGCUACAUGAAACUAUAUUUGAACUUGUUUACAUGAUGUAAUGAGCUCUAUGUGAAAAUAAUAUUCUAGUAUUUAACGUUUCACGUCACAGUAGCUCCGCUCAGCAUGUCAUGUGAUUGGGUCAGGACGUGUAUGGACAUAAAUCUGGGUGGGGAAUCUUGUUUAAGUGUUUUAUAAAUAUGCAAAUACUCCUGAUUACCUUUUUAUAAAUAUUGUUUGGGAGGAAAGAUUUUUAAAUA